ACCUAUGGGAGUGUGUCAGGUAGCUAAACAGUCGACGGGCUGGGGCAGUUGGCUACAACACGGAAGUCAAAGGUGGGAAAACUGUAGACAACCCUAAGGAGCAAUUUGUCUUGCGAGUUCUCGGUACCUAUAGCCUAUACGAGCAAUACCGAACUGGCUCCAGGGACAAUCGCGAAAAUCGCAUAGGACAAAUUGGUAGACUUUUGGUACCCUAUGUCUUUCUUCGUCUUUCGUGAUUUGUGGGAGUAGCGUAGCUCCCUGUCUAGCAGACUUCAUAAGUUAACAUUUAGAGUGACAAAAACGACGCAAAUUACAGGAGCGGCUCAAUGGAAGCCAGAAACGAAACGCGGGGGUAUAACGCAAAUAACAACCGUGGACUCCAGGGUCGAUACGGUGGGGGGGCUUCUUCAAAUCCCACUCAGGGUAAUUUGGACACAUCAACGACUCCUGCAAGAACACUCGCAGGAGAUUUACUCAAAGAUGUCCGGACACACAACGGAGGAGCAAAUACACAGAACCAGGAGGAAUACAGCGUAAAUUCGGUCAACCACAUUUUGAUGGAGUUUCUGAUGUAUGUGGGGAAAGCUUUCUUGUUUUUGUACCCCGUUUACCUGACGGGCUCCCUCGGACUUAGUAUCAGCUGGGUUUUGUUGUGCCUGAUGAUGUUGACGUGGUGGCGGCGAAAUAGAAAGUAUAAAAAUGUUCGUUUGGAUACAGCUAUCACCUUUUUGGAGAACGAGAGAACUGUGAUCAGCAAAGAAUUAAAGACACUCAAUAUGCCAGCUUGGGUACAGUUCCCUGAUGUGGAAAAGGUGGAUUGGCUGAACAAGAUCCUGCGGCAAGCCUGGCCGUUCUUCGGCAUGUUCAUGGAGAAGCUUCUCAAGGAGAACAUCCAGGCGUCCAUUAGGACCUCCAGCCCUCACCUCAAGACCUUCACCUUCACCAAGGUCCACUUUGGCCAGAAGCCCCUCCAGAUCACAGGGAUGAAGGCGUACACUGAAGAAGCGGACAAGAGAGAGGUCAUCCUAGACUUGAACCUGAGAUAUGCGGGAGACGUGGACAUCGACGCAGAAGUGAAGAAGCCCAUAACCGCUGGAGUGAAGGGACUCCUGUUUGAGGGAAUGUUGCGUGUGAUUCUGGAGCCAUUGAUUGGCCAGGCGCCUCUGGUGGGAGGGGUCACCAUGUUCUUUAUUCGCCGACCGAAGCUGGAAAUAAACUGGACUGGAGUGACCAACCUGCUGGACUCUCCUGCGCUGAGUCAGCUUUCCGAAUCGACCAUCAUGGACAUCAUCUCCUCCAUCAUGGUCCUGCCCAACCGAAUGUGUAUACCACUCAUAGACCAGGUCAAGGUGGACCAGAUGCGGUUCCCUCUACCUCGUGGGGUGGCGCGGAUUAACCUUGUGGAAGCGCAGAACCUGAUAGCCAAGGACACCUUCAUGCUCGGGAUGGUGAAGGGAAAGUCAGACCCGUACGCCGUCAUGCGUGUGGGCACCAGCCAUUUCAAGAGCAAGACUGUCAAGGAGAACCUGGACCCACGCUGGGACGAGGUGUACGAGUUUGUGGUUCACGAGGCACCAGGUCAGGAACUGGAGGUGGAGUUGUUCGAUGAGGACACCGACAAGGAUGAUUUUCUUGGCAGGUUCAGUCUGGACCUAGGAGACGUGAUGAAAGAGCGGAUUGUGGACAAGUGGUACACCCUGGAAGAUGUAGACAGUGGAAAAGUACAUCUGAAGAUGCAGUGGCUAUCUCUGCAGAUGGACCCGGCGAAGCUUGUGGAGACCCAGGAUGGCUGUGCCUGUGCAAUGCUCGCUGUCUACCUGGACAACGCUUCCAACCUGCCAAAAGACCAAAGUGAGAUCACUCAAAAAGACAAGCAUGGAAAAGCCCUCAAAGACGCCAGGCUCACAAGGAGAGCCAACCCCAACUCCUUUGUGGAAUUGUCCAUUGAUAAACAGACCCAGAAGAGCAAGGUGGCGUAUGACUCCAAAGACCCGGUGUGGGAGGAGUGCUUCACCUUCUUUGUGCACAGUGUAAUGAAUCAGCAGCUCAAAGUCCAGAUUAAGGAACCGGAGAAGAAGACUCCUCUGGGCACGCUCACCCUGCCUCUGACGCGCCUGCUCAACGCCUCCGACCUGACCCUGGACCAGCGCUUCGUGCUGGAGCGCUCCGGGGCCAACAGCCAGAUAAAGAUGAAGGCCACUCUCCGGAUCCUGGAGCUGGAGGAGCCGGAACCUAAACCCGUGAAACUGAGCCCAGCUCCCGAAUCCAGACCCCAGGCCACGCCCGCCCAUAACCCGCAGGCACAAGACCUGCGUGAGCCAAACGCCCCCCCCUCCUCCUCCUCCUCCCCCUACCCCUACAACGGAGCCCUGGCGCGGCCCGGCGAGCCUCAGCCCGGCGCCGUCAACAACCGGCUCCACCCCGACUACCGCCCGCACCGCUUCCAGCCCGGCACCACCCCCGAGAGCCGCACCCCCGCUCCCGGGACCCCCAUCCUGAGAGACGGGUCACUGCUCCGCCGCUACGACUCACACAGCCUGCUCUCGGAGAACUCCAUCGCCUCGUCGCGCUUCGACCUGACCGAAGGUGCCCCCUUCCCGGAGGCCAUUUUGAACCACCAGGGGAGUUUUGGGGAGAUCAGGAUGACAGUGAGGUACGCCACCCUGAAGAACAAGCUCAUUGUUGUGGUCGACUCGUGCAGGGGCCUGUUUCCCUGCACUGAGUACGGCUCAGAUGUCUAUGUCCGGCUAUACCUACUCCCCGACCAGUCGUGGAGGCACAGAAUGAGAACGCACGUGAAGAAGAAGACUGUAACUCCCGUCUUCAAUGAGAAGUUUGAGUUUUCUGUGUCACAAGAAGAGGCAAGGAACAGGAAGUUGGAUGUGGCGGUCAAGAACAACAGAAUGUUCCAUUCUCGGGAGCGCAAGGACAUUGGAAUGGUUCUGGUCGACUUAUCCCAAGUGGAUCUGGCCAAAGGGUUUACGGAAUGGUAUGAGCUGAGUAUACCUGGACUAAAGAAGGUCAACUAGGAGGCAAAGUAAAUUGUACUUACUGACACAAACUUUUCCUGAAACAGAUGCUGGACUUCAACCUUAAUCUUCUCCCUUCCUUUUUGUCCUGUUGAUCUUUCCCCUCAUUUCAGAUAUUUUCUUUAACAUAACAGUUAAAAAAAAGAACAUUAAAGAUUGCACAAGGUUCAGCUCGAGCCAGUCCAACUACUCAUGUUUGUCUAUACAAAAUAUACUGUAAACUGAACUCCUGAAUUGUCUAGUGUUUGGCAAAUUCCGUCUGACCUAAUUACUCCAGUCAUUCAUUGAGUACUACAACAAGCUGAGGGUUGUAUUUUUUUUUUUACCCAGUACUAAAAUACAGAUUUUAUCAAUUACUUUUUUUUAAUGCAAAUUCAGAAAUGAUUAACCUCCUCACAAAAUGAACACAGAUCAAACAGUGAAACUGGUCUGAAGGAACAUAUAUUUAUCCACCAAUAACAACUUUGUAUGUAGAGAGCUAUAGUCCAUCGGGUAGAUAUCUCUACAUAUGUUUUCAGUCAUUAACUCCGUAAGACAGAUGUAAGACAGUGGUCCAAGUAAUACUAUUCAGUUGAAUAUGGUUUGCCACCACAAAGGUUGUAGAUCUUUUAUCUGAAUUACCAUUAGUUAAACCACUCCAACCCUCAAAAGGAAAUAAUGCAUACAGACCUUUUUAGAAUUAGCCUUUAAUAAUGUAUACAUUCCAGUCAGAAAUAUUGACUAGUUCUCAGGUGGAGAAAUGGCUUUUAAUUAUAAAAGUCUUGAAGAUGCCCAGCUUUGGUGUUCAGCAUUGGGGGAUAAAUGCUUUUCUUAAAAUGUGUAGACAAAGGAGUGGCAAUGUUUAUUUAUUAUGUAUGGACAUGUGUGUGCUUUUCUAAGGAACACUUAGGUCAGCACAGCCGAGAUUAUUAUUAUUACAUUUUUGUUGCUAAAAUAUGUAUGUUUUAAUGUACAAAUAAGAUUUUAAUUUUGUUCAUAUUUUGUUUUGGCUAUCUAUUUUAAUAAAAUAUGUUUGUAAACCUGAA